UGUAAAUUACACCAUUUAAUCGCCACGUCUUUUGGCGGCACUUUCUCUCCACUACUCCCUUUCUGGACUUCAUUUCUCUGCUAACACCCAAAAAUCAAAUGUCUCCCUCUUCCUCUUCUUCUUCCUCUUCUUCGUAACGAACAAGAACGCCAUUCAUUUCAUCUUCCAUCUCUCUCUCUCCAAUUUUCGUCGUAUAUAUUUCUAUCUCGCUUCGUUUUCUCAAUCUCUUUCGUCGGUUGAAGUUCGAGGAAUUCCUUUUUGCCGGCGGUAUGGGUGCCUCUUUCAACGACGAACUGUUGCUCGCUCCGGUUCGCAACUUUAAUUCCUCUCAGGAUAUCCGCUGCUCUAAACACGUCCAUGACAACGUUCACGGCAACAUUUAUCUUGAUCCGCUCUCUUUGAAAUUUAUUGAUACCGAGCAGUUUCAGAGGCUUCGUGAAUUGAAGCAGCUUGGUGUGACACAUAUGGUCUAUCCGGGAGCUGUUCAUUCUAGAUUUGAACACUCGUUAGGAGUGUAUUGGCUAGCUGGAGAAGCUGUUCAAAAGCUUAAAAAUUACCAAGGAGCAGAGCUUGAUAUUGAUCGCAAUGAUAUCCAAACGGUGAAACUUGCUGGCCUUCUGCAUGAUGUGGGCCAUGGGCCUUUCAGUCACCUGUUUGAGCGUGAGUUCCUCCCCAAGGUUUUGAGUGACUAUGACUGGUCUCAUGAACUUAUGUCAGUUAAGAUGGUUGACCAUAUUGUUGAUGAACACCACAUAGAUAUUGAUUCUGGAAUGAUAAAAAGAAUCAAGGAGAUGAUACUAUCUAGCUCUGAGUUUACUCGGCCGAAGGGUUCGAGGGAGAAGCGUUUCUUGUACGACAUUGUUGCAAAUGGACGAAAUGGAAUUGAUGUGGACAAGUUUGAUUAUAUCGUGCGUGAUUGCCGGGCUUGUGGUUUAGGAUGCAACUUUCUGUUUGAGAGGUUAAUGGAGACUAUGCGAGUUAUAGAUGAUGAAAUUUGCUAUAAAGCUACGGACUAUCUUACCAUUCACAAAUUGUUUACUACUCGGGCUGAUUUGUAUCGAACAGUUUAUGUGCACCCGAAAGUUAAGGCUAUUGAGCUUAUGGUAAUUGAUGCUCUGUUGAAGGCAAAUGAUUAUCUUGAGCUUUCAUCUUACAUACAUGAUCCAUCCCAGUAUUGGAAGUUAGAUGAUUCUGUUGUUAAAACAAUUGAGACAGCCUCCAACGAAGAACUAAAGGAAUCUAGAGAUCUGAUUUUGCGAAUCCGCAGAAGAAAUCUCUACCAGUUCUGUAAUGAAUAUGCUGUCCCGAAAGACAAACUGGAAUACUUCAAGGAUGUAACAGCUAAAGAUAUUGUUUGUUCUCAGAAAAAUGGUGGAGUGCUGCUACAAGAGGAGGACGUUGCUGUCAGCAAUGUUAGGAUUGACUUGACGCGUGGUAGAAAUAAUCCUCUUGAAAGGAUUCAUUUCUUCAAGGAUUAUGAAAGCAAUGAUAAAUUCAAGAUUUCGGAUGAUCGCAUAAGCCAUUUACUGCCAACAUCAUAUGAAGAUAUGAUUGUGAGGGUGUAUUCCAAGAAACCUGAGCUGGUAGAAGCCAUCUCAGAAGCAUUUGAAAACUUUCAGUUGAAGACGUAUGGGAUUAAAACACAAGUACAUGCAACUCCAGAUAAGAAGAAACGGCGCAUUUGAUGUUCCUGUUGUUGAUAUUACUUAUAUUCUUUCACAGAAUGGGACAAUGUUUCAAUAUAACAUCACACAGACGUACCAUUAUAGAUUUAUGAUUUUGACUUCUCCUGGAAGCUAGAUUCAUGAGGAAUUUUUGUACAUGACAUGCCUUACUGAUUUCGAGCUGGUUUAGCUGGAGGAUCCCGCCACAAAAAGAUUUUUGGUCAGCAAGUUUUGUUAAACCUUUUGCGACAAAUGCUGAAGAUUUUGAGCCUGCGUAAUUCCUAAUGUUGCCCGGCAGCUUUUAGUUUGUGAUGAUUCGUUUUACCUUUGACAAGGUUUUAUUUGCAUAUCUGUCUUUCUGAAUUCAGUAUUGUACAUCUUAUCAUACUUUGACCUGUUUCUAUUGUCAAAUACAGUUCUAUAACGUCAUGUCAAUACAGAUCCAUAUUAGCAUUCUACACAAUGGUUCGGAAUUGUGAGCCUUAAAGUUUGAACAGUUUUAGUACUUGGGCUUUGUGACACCACUUGAAUUUGUUUUAUAUUCUAGAUUCUCAGACUUUGUUUUAAUAUUUAAUGGGAAAGUGUGAAAGAAGUAAUAGAAUAGAAAAUGCAUCUUAGAUAAUCGUGUAGCGCUGAGUUUGAUCAGUUACUUUUGUUAUUAGAUUGUCAAAUUGUAUAGUUUCCCCAUAGAAAAGCUAUCGAUAUAAAAUCUGACUUUGCUUCCAUUUUGUACUGUUGUAAUGUAAUGUAAAGACUAAGGUAUUUGGAGUUUGAAGAACUUGCAGGUUUGUGGAAAAGGGUGAAUCUGAAUCUGGAUGCUUGGGAAAUUCAUGAGGCACCUAAAAUCUCAACCAUCCAUCAAAGUCCAACCCACAGAAAACAGGUGCAGGUGCGCUUCUAGAAAACAGAGCUAAAAAGAAAAGAAAAAGGGAACCAUAGAAGAAGACAGAAAAAAGCUAUAAUAUUUGACUGUUUCCCCAGAAGAAGAAGAAGAAGAGGAGGAGGAGAAAGAAUCGAGUGUGUAUAUAAGCGUUUCUGAAGGCAAAGAGAGACAUAGAUGUGGGAUUGAAAAAACACACGUCUUCUUCAGGCAAAAUCCAUGUGCCCACAUGGAUGAUGGAGAGAGGAAAACAGAGUAGAAACCAAUCACACUCCUCUCUCUCUACUUGUACUUUUCUUGUGCACACUAUUAUUAAUUUUCUCUUUCUUUUUUCCUUCUCCCUCCCCCCCUCUCUCUCUCACUCUCUCUCUCUCUCAUCGAACCCAGUAAUAAUCCACA